AUUGGUCGCGGCGGGGAAGCGUGGGAGGAGGCCGAGGAGCCUGCUGGCUUUCUCCCGGCCACUCGCGGGGUUGAGGGGCAGCCGGAGGAGCCCGGGAGGAAGCGGAGCCGCGAGCUGGAGGCGGCGGCGGCGGCGGUUCCCGUCGGCCUCCGGCAGGACUGAGCGCCGAGAGGCCGGAAGGCGGGCGGGAGGCCGGUGAGACGGCCCGGCGGGCGGCCGAGGAGCUCAUUUAAUGAAAAGUGCUAUAGAUUGAAGAACCAAACAUGAGGGUAGCAGGUGCUGCAAAGUUGGUGGUAGCUGUGGCAGUAUUUUUACUGACAUUUUAUGUUAUUUCUCAAGUAUUUGAAAUAAAAAUGGAUACAAGUUUAGGAAAUCUAUUUGCAAGGUCAGCAUUGGACACAGCUGCACGUUCUACAAAGCCUCCCAGAUAUAAAUGUGGGAUCUCAAAAGCUUGUCCUGAGAAGCAUUUUGCUUUUAAAAUGGCAAGUGGAGCAGCCAAUGUGGUAGGACCCAAAAUCUGCCUGGAAGAUAAUGUUUUAAUGAGUGGUGUUAAGAAUAAUGUUGGAAGAGGGAUCAAUGUUGCCUUGGUAAAUGGAAAAACAGGAGAAUUAUUAGACACUAAAUAUUUUGACAUGUGGGGAGGAGAUGUGGCACCAUUUAUUGAGUUUCUGAAGGCCAUACAAGAUGGGACAAUAGUCUUAAUGGGAACAUAUGAUGAUGGCGCAACCAAACUCAAUGACGAGGCAAGGCGGCUCAUUGCUGAAUUGGGGAGUACCUCUAUCACUAAUCUUGGUUUUAGAGACAACUGGGUCUUCUGUGGUGGGAAGGGUAUUAAGACAAAAAGCCCUUUUGAACAGCACAUAAAGAACAAUAAGGAUACAAACAAAUAUGAAGGAUGGCCUGAAGUUGUCGAAAUGGAAGGAUGCAUCCCUCAGAAGCAAGACUAAAGGAAAUGUGGAGAAGAUUGAAGGAGGAGUACUGUCACUAUUAACGGGAAACCUACAAAGGAGAAACUACGUGUAAAUAUUUUAAGUGUGCAGCCAUCUCGGUGUUUGCAUGAGCAUUAUCCUUUUGAUGUCAGGAUUAUUUAUUGCUAACGUAUAUAUAGAUAGCUUUGUAAAUAGUCAUCAGAAUGAGCAAAUCAGUGAACUGUUUCUAAGCAAAUUUUCCCAAAAGUACAAUGUUUAGACUGCUGUGGUAAUAACAUAUUUUAAUUCUAAAAGUGUACACAAUGGGUAACUGAACAGAUUGUGAAAAAUAUAUUGAUAUAUAUAUACUGGUUGCUGUGAAAAUCUAUCCUGAAAUAAUAUGGAUCUUAGGGAAGAGACUUUGUUUUCAUAUAUGUAUGGUUAUAUAUGUCCAUGUGAUGAUAAUAUCUUUUAAAUUAAAAAGAGAUUUGGCUAGUUGUGUGCAUAUUGUUACUUUACAGUCCCACUCUCCUGAUGUGCUCCUUUUCUUAUCUUUUGCUUCCCUUCCCAAGAAACUGAGAAAUAAAAUGUUUGGUAUGAAAGUAUAUAUUAUCAGAUAUGUGAAAAGCACAACAAAAUGUUUUUUUUAAUGUACACAGUAAAAAGUAAAUAUAUAAACAUAGCAUUCAGAACCAUAGUGUGCUGGAUUUUGUAAGAACAGUGUGAAUAACUUCAUUUUGCAUAAGCUAAUUAUAGUGAGGCUGGAGGUGGCAACUUCAUAGAAUUGGGGAACCAGGCCUAGUCCCCUCCCCAACCUAAGUAGGUCAUUCAGAACAGCUAAGUCAGUAUAUUUGGAGCAAUGUUGCCAUAUAUUUUCCUUAUUUAGUUGUUAUCAGCACUUACCAAGUGGCUGAAAAAGGCAUGCUUUAAUAUCACAGUAAUUUUUAUUUGUAAACCAAGAAAUUCUGUAUUAACUUCAUGUAACUUCAUAAUAGCAGUUAUUGCCUGAAAUCAUAGUGGCAUAUUUAGAAAAGUCCUAAUUACUGAGUGGGCUGAUAACAUUUUGCUUGAUCCCAAAUGACUUUGUAUACAAUUCUAUAUAAAAAUAUAGGAAAUCUAACUUUUUUGUUCACUAAAGGACUCAGUUUUUUAAAAAGUACUUUUAGGGCAUUAAAUACCUAUUGUGUAUAAAGUAUCUUAAAUGGGAACAUAAAUCUAAUGAUCAAACUGCCAUUCACAAUAUCAGGCAGCACUUAAAUUUUGAACCUAAAUUUUAUUUCACUUAUAUAUAUAUAUUUUUUGGCGGCUGGCUAGUAAGGGGAACCAAACCCUUAAUCUUGGUGUCACAAGGCUGUGCUCUAACCAACUGAGCUAAUGGGCCAGCCCCUGAACAUAAAUUUUAGAUGGCUUGUACAAAAAACCUAAAAGCAGUAUUUGUUAUUUUGCUCUGAACCAAGUUGGAAACUAUUGAGAUAUUUCUUAAAUAAUGGUGAGUUUUGGGGUACUGUUUCUUCCCUCAAAUGGAAUGUAAUUUAUGAAUAAAUGCACCUUAUGUGUUUAAACAAUUUUUGUAAACUUGAGGGAUUUUGGGUGCUUAUAUGCUAAUCACAUUUAGCAUGUAUAUUUUGACAUUUAAAAUACUUCCCUUGAUUCUGUAAAUUAAAAGAAUAUUUUACAGUUCCAGGAAUUGUGAAAUAAACAUUGCAAUUUUUUUUUAAUAAUGAAAAUAAAUACUCUCAGUUUUGCAUUGUGAAUUUUUUUUUUUGUAUUAUCUGGCAAAGCAAUACACCUACAGAACUUCACAUCAAGGUUUUUGAAGCAUUUAUUGUACUGUUUAACAUGUAAACAAUUAAAUCAUCGCUGUGAUUAAACACGGUAAUAUCCUCUGGAUAUGUCUUAACAUGUAUAGAAUUUAAGUAUCUAGAAGGCAGGACAUCCCUUUGAUUAUAAAGACUAUAAAGGGAUGGAUUUUACCCGUGUAUAAAAUGUCAAAAGAGGGGAUAAAGAUUGGUAUGUAACUGCUUUGGUGCAAUUUGCUUGUGUCUCAAGUGUAUCUUGUAUAGAUUGUGCCAACUUAACUUUGGAUGCAAUAAUUUUACUACAUUUCAGAUCUCUUUUUAAAUACAGCAUUAUAAGUGAAACAAUA